AUGGCGUGGCACACCCGAGCUGAAGUGUACGCACGAAACGGCGCGAUGACUAAUGGCUUCAACUUGCACUGGCCGAACGUUGGACGCAGUGCUCGUGUGACGGCGGCUCGCAUCCGAUGCGCGCGAAGCAACCGAGCGCCUCGAAAGUCCAGAGGAGCGAAGGCAAUGGUCGGAGGUUGCAGCGCCAGCGCGCGCGCGAGGAAGCCUCUCGACGCAAGAGGAUGCUCCUUGCACUUUGUUGCGCGUAUUGGUUGCAUGUGCGUGCGCAACUCCGCUGUUCGCGCCCGUCGUAGAAGGCAACGUACGCUGCCCAUCCAAGCUCCGGCUGCCCGCAGUGCUCGGCUCACGUGGAGCUGCUCGCUUGCAGGCCCCAGGCCGUGA